AUGUUCCAAGAGAUGUCAAGGAUGAGGAGUGUAUUUCGUCGGGAAACCAGAAACUACGUUGACCAGAAGACUCCCAUAACCCCAUCCCAACGACGUGCACCGGCAUCGCGAUCAGGGUUCGUACCCAAACGUGUCAUCCAGACCCUUUGGGCAAAUAAACUAGCACCCUCUGACUUCUACGACAUCUCCGGCCACAUAUCUCCCGUUUAUCGCGCCAUACGUUUUUCAUACGGCCGGCGCCUGUCGAUGAGAUUCUUCUAUCAGCCAGACUCACGGCACUUGGGUCCCAAACCUCCAUUCCCAUCUGGAACUCACGGAUUUCUAUACUACGUUUCUAAAACGCCGUGGCUGCUCGGCGGAGAGCUCCGAUUUCGCAUCACGAAGGACAAUAACCCUGCGAGCUUUGAUGGUGGAGACGAUCUACGGUGUCCAGAUGGCGAAGUGUGGUGUCGGAAACUGUCGAACCUUCGCAACUUCAAGCAGAUCGCUCUCCUGCGCAGCUUAAUUAAUCCGGAGGAUGACUUUGACACUGAUCUACAGCACAGCGUCAACCCAACUCUUUCACGGCGCUGCCUUCAAACCCUUGAUCCCCAUCGACUUCGCCCUUCUGACUUCCAAGACUUAUCCGACCUUAACAAAGUCAGGCUGACCGUACCAAACCCUCCAGCGGGCAGAACAAGGUCUUCGGACAUCGCCUACGACACUCGCAAACACGCUGAGGGUCAUUAUCCCACCGGAACUCACGGUUUCUUCUAUUAUCUCUCACCCGUGGAUAAACUUGCGCAGGGAGAGAUACGCUUCCGAAUCACUAAGGAUGACAAUCCGGCCAAUUUUACCUCUGGCAAGGAUCUGUUGUUGAGGACCGGGCUGCCUUGGACAAUAUCAAUGGCAUCGCUGUUAAAAGAUACACAUAUUGUAUUUCGACAUCUGUUGCUAGAGGAAAAGCUGGUCCCGGAUAACUAUUUUACCAAUUUGGCAGCCUCUGUGAUCAGAGAAUCCAGCAGUCGUCGGGCACCUCUCAGGCGCACAACGUCCCCCAUCCUAACGUCAUUUGGGCAGCAGUUCCGUUUUGACUUCUCUAAGCAUACCGGUUGUGUCUAUAUCAAGGGUGAACACGAACUUCUUUAUGUCAAGUUUAAGAACCCACUGCUGUAUGUCAAUUCGAUCACAGGUUUUGACGAUGGGCGUCGCGGAGUUGUUAUCCGAUUGAACAAAAUUGUGGAACCCCUGAGAGCACGUCCGGUUCCAGAAGGCAGGAAGGCAAUGCAGGAGCCAGUGGAGGGACAGCUGCUCACUGAAACCGGGGCCGGAAUCAAACCAAAGUGGUAUGAUAUGGAGAAGAAAUGUCGAUUCGGCCACGCCAUGCGGACAUUGUAUGUGAAUACAGCAGGUAUAUCUGGCGAGCGAUCUUUGACGGACCCAUAG